AUGUCGUCAAUCUACAACCUCGAGCCGCAGCCCACAGCCUCGGUGAUCCUCAAGACCACGCUCGGCGACUUGUCCGUCGAGCUCUUCGCGAAGCAGACGCCCCUCACGUCGAGAAACUUCCUCCAGCUCUGCCUGGACGGAUACUACAACGACACAAUCUUCCACCGCCUGGUCCCCGGCUUCAUAAUCCAGGGCGGCGACCCGACGGGCACGGGGAACGGCGGCGAGUGCAUCUACGAUGGCGGCGCAUACUCUGGGGACCUGGACCCGUGGCCGAUGGACCAGCGCCGCGGCGCGAACGCGGGCACGGAGGGGAUCGGGUUCCGGGACGAGUUCCACUCGCGACUCAAGUUCAACCGGCGCGGCCUGCUGGGCAUGGCGAACGAGGGCAAGCCGGACACGAACGGGAGCCAGUUCUUCUUCACGCUGGAGAAGGCCGAGGAGCUGAACAACCGCAACACCGUGUUUGGCAGGAUCGUGGGCGACACGAUAUACAACCUCGCCCGGAUGGGGGAGGCCGAGGUUGCCGAGGGCACGGAGCGGCCGCUGUACCCGAUCAAGAUCACCGGCGUGGAGAUCCUGGUGAACCCGUUCGAGGACAUGAAGCAGUCGGACCGCGCCGUGCGGAAUGCCGAGACGACCACGAGGACGCAGCCCGCUCAGCAGCAGCAGAAGAAGGGCAAGAAGGCGAAAGCGGCGGGGAAGAAAUUGUUGAGCUUUGGCGAUGACGAAGCGGACGGCGAGGAGAUGCCCGUGUUCAAGAAGACCAAGUUUGAUUCACGAGUGGUCGCGCCGCCGACGGCAGACGAGCAGGAGAAGGGUGAGCCACGCGCGUCGAAACCCAAGAAGAAGCAGACGAGCAGCAGCAGGGACGCCGAAUCUAAAGAACUUGAGCGGACACGGUCACCCCAGCGGCCGUCAGCCGGCGCGGACGAGCAAAGGACGACGGUGAAGAGGGCUGCUACAGAAUCAAGACCAAAGCCGUCGAGACCAACAUACGACGAAGAAGAGUCAAUAUCUCCGGAACCAGAAGAGAAGAAGAAGUCCGCUCUGGACACGGUCAAUGAGGAGAUUGCAGCGCUCAAGGCCUCGAUGAAGCGCGGCACGCAUACGGACACGAUCAAGGAGACAAAGAAGACACCCUUGGAAAAAAUGAUACCCGAGACCUCGACGCGGGGGAGGAAACGAAGGAGGGGAGGCGAAGGCACAAUGACAGAUGCCGACCUGGCCAUGUUUGAGGCAUUUCGUUCACGCCUAGGGCAGGCUCAUGUCUCUGCAGGAGAUGGCGGAUCAAGCACGGCAAACUCAGCACAUCCAGGGACCGAAGGCACCUCGGAACGAAAUGAGGAUGGCACGAAUGGCAAAGAUAGGGCUGGCGUCGACGAUGAGGAAGCCGAGCUCUGCGAUUUGCACUUUAUCGCGAAUUGCCAGAGCUGCAAAUCGUGGGACAAGGAAGGUGCCGGGGCCAGCGACGAUGACGACGACAACGAUCCAGGCUGGAUGUCGCACAGACUCACCUUUGCCGCGGACAAGCUGGGUAAGGACCUGACGUACCGCAAGAAGGCCGAGGAGGAGCUUGUCGUGAUCGACCCUCGCGAAAAGGCCCGGACGCUCAAGGAGGAGAAGAGAGCUAAGAGGAGCGCGCAGUCUGGCGAGUCUAGCCGCGAGUGGGACCAGGCGCGCAAUGCGAAACUGGCGAGGCAAAGCGCUCUCGCUGGUAGAGGUGCGAGAUAA